AAUCAAUAAAAAAGAAAGAAAAAUACAUAAACAAGAAUUUGAUCAAAUAGAAGAAUUACCAAAAUGUUUACUUUGUAAAAAAAAUCAUUGGAGAUGUAAAGAAGAAAAAUGUACUCAAUGCUAUAAACUUGUACUUUGUAAUGAUAUAAAUUGUUUAAAUUGUAAAGAACAAGAAAUCGAAUAUCAAUAUUCAUUUCCUAGAAAUCAAGAAGAAUAUGAUAGUUUUGGAAACAUAUUAACUAAAAGUAUUGUAAAAUUUGAAUGA